AUGAAUCCAAUAUGCAAGCAAAACAUUAACAGCGCCGAGUGCCAACAGUGGAUAAGCGAAGUCUUCGCCCACUGCAAUCGGCUGUUGGUCGACAAACAGCUGGAGUUCUGGGAUGAUUGGUGGCUGCACGAGCCAACAGUGCCAGCCUAUCAGGUGCCGCAUCUAAUGUCCGCCUAUGACUGCCAGAAAUUAAGGAAGCAGAUCGAACGCGAGUUAACUUCCGCUGCCAGCUUGUCGCCCGAAAUUCGCUUGCAAUUGAAUGACCUGAACUCCACCUGGCGUGUGGUUUUGUUUGUAUUUGUCGUAUGCUUGGCACUGUGCAUCGUCGGCUCCAUGGUCUGGCUGUUGAACAGCAUGCUGCAACGCGCUGCGAAUCCCAGGUUUAAGGAUAACGAGCGUCAAGGUCGUGGCAGAAGAAAAUGCAGAAAUGCCACGCCUAGAUCAUUCAUCUCCUUCAGCAAGCCCUGCCAUCCUCAGGCAUACCUCGGCCCCUAUCGGACCAACAGAAUUAUAGUUCCGGGUGGCGCCUGCUGCGCAGCCACACGAUAG